AUGCUGUUUGCGGAUGCAUGGGAGCCUUGCCUCUCUCCUGGCCUUACAUCUGUCUCUCCCCAGCCACAGGUGCCCUCCAAUAUGGGGCCAUCCUGGGGGCUCCUCCUGCUUGCAGUGGCCUUGGGGGCAACGGCUGCCACCCGCUGCCCUGCACCCUGUGUCUGCGAUAACCUCCGUGCCCAUGUCCUCUGUCUCAAUGGGAGCCUGACUGCCAUUCCUGACACCAUCCCAGAGCUCACCAGAAAACUAGACCUUCGGGGCAACAGUUUCAUGGUCAUCCCAGCAGGAGCCUUCCUUGCUACCCGCUACCUGACACACUUAGACCUGCAGCGUUGCAAGGUGGAGAGGCUGGAGGAAGGGGCUUUCCGGGGUCUGGGGAGGCUUGUCUACCUCAACCUGGCCUCCAAUGGUAUAGCCCUCCUCUACCAGGAGUCCCUGGAUGGCCUCUUCUCCCUCCAGCAGCUCAUUCUGGAGGGGAAUCGCAUUGAGGAGAUACAGCCGGGUGCUUUUGGCCAUCUGAGGUCCCUCACUGUCCUCGACCUGAGGGCAAAUGCCUUGGUCUACCUCCCAGACAUGGUCUUCCAGGGUCUGCAGGUUCUUAGAUGGCUCCGGCUGUCUCACAAUGCCCUCCAUGUGCUGGGCAGUGAGGCCUUUGCUGCUCUGCCUGCCCUGCGCAGGCUGAGCCUGGACCACAAUGAGCUGCAGGCACUGCCUGGUGAGGCCCUGGCCAGGUUGGAUGGGGCUACCCGGCUAGACCUGGGCCACAACCCCAUCACCUACGUGGCUGAGGAAGCCCUGGCCAUGGCCUCGCUGAGCCACCUCUUCCUGGACCAUGCCUCCCUUCAGGAUGUGGCUCCCGAUGCCUUUGCCCGCAGUCCCCAACUCCGUAUUCUGGACCUCCGGGAAAACCAGCUGCAGGGGCUGCCACCCCUGGCCGGGGCAGGGGGGCUGGUAAGGGUCAGUCUGGAUGGGAACCCUCUUCUCUGCUCCUGCCUCCUGCGCCCCUUCCACAAGUGGAUGACAAGGGCACGAGUGCACACUGAGGGUGCCUGUACUGCACCCCCUGCUCUCCGUGGCCGGUCCCUCAACUCCCUGAAGUCCCCUGAGAUGAGAUGCAGUCGCCUCUGGCCACCCCCUAGCCCCACUGCACCACCAGAGCAGCCGAGUUCAGCCAGCAGCAGGCAGUGCCCCUGGGGAUGUUUCUGCUCCCCUGAUUUCCAUCAUGGGUCCUGUGAGAAUAGGGACCUGCGGGAGAUCCCUCGGGACUUCCCUGAGGACACCCGCCUUCUCGACUUGCGCCGAAACCCCUUCAGGACAGUGCCACCAGAUGCCUUCCCUGGCCUGAAGGAGCUGGUGUCGCUCCACCUACAGAGGUGCAGCAUCAGGGUGCUGCACCCCGGGGCACUACGGGGGCUGGCGAGCCUGGUCUACCUGUACCUCACUGACAACCACCUCUCCACCCUGGUGGCUGCUGCCUUUGAGGGGGCCCCGCAGCUUGCCUACCUCGACCUGGACCACAACGCCUUCACCCAUGUCCCUGCAGGCACCUUCCGGCUCUUGCCCAACCUCAUCUCCCUCCAUCUGCAGCACAAUGCCAUUGGGGAACUGGUGGAGGGUGACCUGGCUGGAGCCAGGGGGCUCCGCUGGCUUUACCUAGCUGGGAAUGCCAUCAGGCACAUUGCCCCAGCUGCCCUGGCUCCCACCAAGAUGCUGGAAAAGCUGCAGCUGGAGGGAAACCUCUUGUCAGAGGUGCCCACAGCAGCCCUGAGGGGCCUGCCUACCCUGAGUGAGUUGAAGCUGUCCCGGAACCCCAUCAAGCACAUGGGGGACAGUGUCUUCCUGCCAGUGGCCUCCAGCCUGCAGCACCUCUACCUGGACAACAUGGGCCUGGAGUGGGUGAGUGUAUUAUGGGACUCCCAAGGGUCAGUGGCACCACAGGGCAUAUUACAGGUUACACUGCCCAGGGCUGAUGACCCCUAUAGGGUCAUCCAAACAGAUGUCCUUGAAUUCCCAAGCCUUCAGGAGAUGUUCCAUAGCCUGGGCAGAUGUUCCAUCUGGCUGGGAAGCCAGAUUUCUUCAGGCUCAGCUGUAGCAUUCCUUUGCUUCAACCUUGCUUCUGGCUCCCUUGGGAGAAGCUUACUCCCUCCAGUCCUGAAACACCCAAUUUUAUUGGGGUCCAGACCAUUCCCUAAAUCACCUCCUUCCCCCAGCUCUGGCCAGAUUUCUCUUUCUCUUAUUACAGGCUGUCCCUGCAGGCCUCUCCACUGCUAUUAUCCUGAAUAUUUCCAUUCUCUCAAGGAAGUAGUGUUAGCAGCACCCUCAUAAUAACUGUGUAUCUUAACAGCACCCAGGGAUCACUCUGAGACCUCCUGAAUGUGACCUUCUUUCUAAGAAGACUAACAGGAAUCUAAUGAGUUCCAAAAUGUGAUUGAAACUGCUUGAAUUAAUUAACAGUCCCUCCUGUUUGAAGCAGCUCUUUUGUGAGGCCACCAGCUUCAGGACAGGUUGUCAGGGCCCUCAAGAUGAUCAGAAGUACAGGGGCAGAGAUCUGCUCCCCUGCUUUGAUCAGCAUGCCCCUAACCUACCCUUCUUCCA